AUGUGUCGGAUCGAAGGUGACUGCACCUACUUGUGCGACCAAGCGCGCAGUGGGAGAACCUGCCGCGACUUGCGGAGAGUUCCUGUUGCCUACACUCACCAGAAAGGCUCCGCCUCACGCGAUGACACCCCUUCUCCGGUAAACCCACCAACUCCCACAAGCUCUGGUACCUAUUUCACUCAGCGUCGCCGCCCAUCCAACAGUGGUAGCCGUCCUUCCACUCGCGAUGGACAGCGCCUCAACCCUGAGAUCAUCAUCGAAAUUGGCUCCAAGAAAGGAAAGGGAAGCAAGUAUCCGUCAGUCUCCAUUUCAACAAAAGGCCACAAGCGACAAUCCUUCGGCUCCAUCGGAUCCAAUGACGCCGCCAUCGACUCAGGAGAAUCGGAGGCUUCCUAUGCUGUGCGGACUGGCUUUCCAGAUGCCCCUUUACCCCCUCCGGCUGCCUUCGACCAACCCAACACCUUCCUUCCCACGCCCCUUGCAUCUCAUGGAUAUUACCACCGACAGACGCCUUCUGCCUCUUCCAGCCAGACGCCAUCGCUGACUGUGCUGUCCGAGCCAGACUUUGAUCGAUCCACCGGUCGGCGAAACACCCGCCCGUCUGCCACUGUCAUCCACAACUCAACUCCCACCCCUGCAUCUCCUACUCGGCCACAGCAUGGGUUCUCUUCCGGGCCCUACAAGACCAAGAGCAUCGUACCAAGGGAUCCUCUCCAAGUCGCUCAAACACCCACCAGCAUCAAUCCGCUUGAUUACGACCAGUAUGCUGAUUAUUCUGGCUCUUCUCGUGCCAGUUCUGGCAUAGCUGAAACCACACGGCCUACCAAGAACAGUGGCCAACGGCGAAAGAAACCAAGUGAGGAUCUUCGCUAUCAGGAAGACGUUGACCAAAAGAAGAAGGAAGACUUGGAGAACGACAAGCACGUUCGCUUCGAGCUUGACCGUUACGAAGCUCGCGAAAAGGAGCGGGCUGAGAGAGCAAAGGCUGAGAAGGAGAGGGACCGCGCCGCACUCAGAGAAGAGGCUCGCGAAAGGGACCGCGCCGCAAGAGCACAGGCUGAGAAGGAGAGGGAGCGUGCCGCACUCAAGGAAGAAGAGCGCAAGCGCAAGAAGCUCGAGCGUCUGGAACAAGAAAAGAAGGAACUUGAAAAGAAGGAGCUCGAAGAGAAGCGAGCAAAGGAACGCAAGAAGGAAAGGUCAAAGCCUCCGACAACCGAUUACCCCACACGGCCGACCAACACGCGAAGGAUGUCUUCGUUGAUGACUCCCCAAGAGCAAGCUGAGCAAAAGCGUCUUGUCGAAGCCGAUAGUCUCAUCAUGCAUACAGAAAAGCAAGCGGCAGAAGCUCGCGAGCGUGAAGAAAGGAGGGCAGCUGCUCGACAGCAACAAGACUCAUCAACAUACUAUGACCCUCGGGCCGGUGACCGGUCCCUAUCAAACGCCAAUGCCCCUAGCAAGCCGCGUCGUGAUAGCGUUGCCUCUACAAUGCGUCCUUCCGGACUUACUAGGACCUCUAGUAAGCGUCGCCCGAGCAUCUCGCAACCCAACCCGCCCACCGUCAGCGCUCAACCACCUACGGACUUCUCGACUCGAUCCUCAAACCCGAGAGCACAUGCACCACCCCCAGUCUCCUUUCCAAAGACCUUCAACCAAGACUACGGUCGCCCACCAUCAGCUCGCCGUCCCUCCCUCACGCCAGACAACCCUUUUUCGCCUAGCUCUGUAAAGUCGCCAGCGGCUGACCCAUGGGACCUGCGCAACAUGGAGCCUGCGCUUCCAUCUGCUCGCUCUUCGGAUAGCCGCCAGAAUCACGGUAUGCAGCCGCGUGGUGAUCCAAUCAUCCAUGGCCCUACCCGUCCUGUCCGACGUGCACCCGAAUACAUCAGUGCAUUCGACGAUGAUGACGAUGGCAUGGAGGAUUAUCCCCCUCGAUUUGCUUCACGCACGGGGCUGAGCCGAAGUGAUUCGAGGCGGAAGCAUUGA